AUGAACCAGCCAGAAUUUUCUGAUGGAAUGGUCCUGUUAUUGAGAUAUUUAACAGCAAGUCAUGUGUUUGAAAAGAAUCAUUCUCUUGAUAUGUAUUUUGAAUUUCAAAGUUUAGAUACUGGAAAAUCCAUUUCAACAUUGAUACAUGAUUAUGUGUUGAAAGAAGUCAUGCCAAUGGGAAUUGAGGCAGAGGAAAUUCAAAUCAAUUCUUUAAUUACGGUGUUGAAACAUUUAUUCAAUGGAUGUCAAGUGAAUUUUUGUUUCCAAUUACAUAUUUAUCAUGUGAGUCAUUCACAAGAACGUCUCACUUGUUUGAAAUAUCCUCCCACUCAUUCAACUCAAUUGGAUGCAAAGGAAUCAUGUGAUGGAGCAGAAGAUCGGUUCAAUACCAUCCUGUCACUCCUAUUUCGACCUGGUCAUUAUGAUUCGAUUGUUUAUUCUCCGUCCUUUCGUCAGACGAACGAGACACAAUGCAAAUAA